UUCUUGGGAAGAUGUGGCAGUCCGCCUUUAGUGGUAGACUGGCAAGCAUAACUUAGUAGUAGGAGAACUAACAAAGAACUGCGUGUCCCAUUUGGUUGAAGCUGCCGCUCACGUGUUGCUAGUAGACAUAACUUCGUUAUUUAUUUAAGAAGUUGGCAAUGCUCUAUCGAGUCAAACAGAUACCACAAUUUCCAUUGUAACAGUUCAACUUUCUUUGGAAAGGACAGUGAUAUACCAAUCCAAUCUUAAACCACAUAUGCUGAUUAAAUUUCCACAGCCUCCCCAAUAUAUGUAUAAACUGGCUUUCAAGACUUCGUUUCGGUAGACCAAAGGAAUAAAAGUCCGCUGUCGUUGCAUUAAAGGACUUAACAGCCGUUCCAUUCAUGGUUAUAAAGACUCAUGUACUCCAAUAGAAUGAAUUCUAUAAAUACCAAAAAAUUCGGGAUUGUCGUUUUCCAGCACUAGAACGAAAAUAUCUGUUAAUGGAAAAAGAGCAGCUUUAAUGUAUUAAUGACCACACAUCAACACUGCAAGGUUCUAAAGACAUACCCAAUUCUGCACAACUGCGAAGAAGGAGUGAAGGCAAGAAGAAAAAUAAGACUUAAAUACUACAUGACGGAGAAACACUUAAAAAUGAACAAAUCAAAUGUCGGCCAAGCUUGGAGAAAAACUGUUAUAAACAUAGUAAACCAGAUUGUAGAAAAGAGAGGGGUAGUAUAAAACAAAAUCUCUUCACACAUAAAAAAUUCAAAGAAGAUUUAAAGCCCUGUACAAAAUACUCCAAAACAUUUAGAUGUUUUGAACAAGAAAAAGAAAUGAGAAUCCUUCUGACUUAAAAGCAAACCACAAGAAAGGCAAUAUGAAAGAAAAUUAUUUUUUUAAGAAUUAAAAGAGUCAAGUACGAGUUCUUUUUUUUCCAAAAUAUGAAACUAAUCAAAACGUAACAAACGUUGUUCAAAUGGAAGGUGAUAAAAAGGACGAAGAAACUCUUGAAGUUUCAGUAAAAUCAUUGAAACGUGAUGACAAAAAAGAUUCAGAUAGCAAAAAAAGUGACAAAGCAUUAUCAAAAGCUAUCGAAGAAACCAGUGACCUACAGAACAUCGACGCAGACACCGAGAGAAUUCUAGAAGCAGAAGCUGCUUUAAGAAGUCUCUCUGGAAAUAUAGAAGAAUCUGAAAAAGGGACUUGUUUUGGAGAAACGGACGAAAAUCUAAUGUUUGAAAAUCUGUUUGAAAAGAAAGAAGAUGAAGUCGCGCAAAUAAAAUGUUUGACGCGCUCGAGCUCUUGGAAAGAGGUUGUAACACUGAGUGCCUCUUCUUGUAGUAGCAGUGACAGAUCUCCAAUCCAGUCUCCAGUGCUUUUAUACCCUGAUUUUGGAAGUAAACAAGAAGCAAGCUACCAAGAAACUGAUGGUAAUAAAGAUACCCAACUCGAUGAUACAGAAACCAUUUCAACGUUUAGAAAUGGAAUUAAAGCUUUGAAUAAUGAAGACAUUGAACCUGAGGUUGAACAUCAUGCUGACGCUGAACCAAUAGAUAUUUAUGAUGUGGAAAAUCUACUAAAAAUUGAAGAAAAAUGCGCAACAAUACAGUCGAUUCCUAAUUCUUUCAGAGAGGAAAUUUUAACGAACGACCUGAAACAAGAAACACCAGAAAAUUUUGAAAAAGGUGUACAAAUUAAAAAACAAGAAAUCAUGUCCUCACAUCUUACGUUUGAUAAUGUCCAUCACGCUCAUUCUGAGCAUAUUGAAAAAAGUUUGUCACAUCUAACGCCAGCUAAAUAUUUUCCAGCAACGGAUCAUAUCUCAAUGCAUGUUAAACAACCAGAUAGUUAUAACAAACCUCUUCUGGGAAAACCUUUGCUACAACCAAUAAAAUUAAGCCCUAUAUGUCCAAAUUUGCAAACAAAUCUGAUGGAAAAUUCUGAUCUACUAACAACAGAUGACAAUAAUUCCAACCACAGUCAUAUCCCUUUCCAUUCCUCUCCCUUGAAGAGUGUUCGGACGUCAUCUUCUGAGUCAUUUUUGCCAUCUUCAAACGACUACCCUGCCCGAGAUUCUCCAUACGUUUCAAUGUAUACUGCUUGUCCUAAAAAUGACAUAUGCCUCUCAACCUCACCUAUCAACUACCUGUCAUCGUCUAAUGUUCUUCAAACAUCCACCUCAUUCCCAUUUUCUCAACAUGAUACCCUAAGUCCAGCAUUGUCACAUUCAUCUCUAUUUGCAACCAAAAUUUACGGUUCUGAUCAAACGAAUUCCAGCCGUACUGAUGAAGAUUCGUGUACUUAUGUUUCGGCAUCUCAAGUAAUAAGACCAAAAUCACCCACAGAUUACUACACGUCGGUUACUAUUUCAACCCCUUCUCCAACAAUUAGAGAAGAGAUUGGUAAAGAGCCAAAGCAGAACAAGUGUUAUACAUUUCUAGAAUCAACGCUGAAUACGUCAUGUGAGAGAUUAUCUAUAAUGGACGACCAUUUACUCCCUUUAUCAGAUGACGAGAAUCCUCUCGUUAUAGAUGAAGAUGAUAACCCUGAGUCUCCUCUUACCCCAAGACCAAGCACAACAUUUUCUAGCGCCCCCUGCACACCUCUUUCAAUCUGCAGCAAUUCAGAAAAACCACCUACGGAAACUGAUGUGAAAUUCACUGACGAAUAUUUCAGAGAGAGCAAGUGUCCCACCCCUGGUUGUAACGGAACAGGUCACGUGACAGGGCUCUACUCUCACCACCGCAGUUUGUCUGGAUGUCCAAGGAAAGACAAGAUCACCCAAGAAAUCAUGGCCAUGCAUGAGACUAUACUCAAGUGCCCUACACCAGGAUGUAACGGUAGAGGUCAUGUGAACGGUAACAGAAACUCUCAUCGUAGUCUAUCCGGCUGUCCAAUCGCAGCAAUGGAGAAACUAUCUUACAAAGAACAAAAAGUCACUUCAACGAAACCGUUGUCACAAAGGAACAGCCCAGCAGGUGCACCUGAACGCGUGUUGAGGCCCAUGUGCUACGUUAAACAACUGAACAUUCCAGAGAAAUACACAGGAUAUGAGGCCACGUCUACUCCACGCGCAAGUUUAACGAAGGAGAUGGGGAAGUAUAACAAAUCGGCCACGGAAUGUGUAUAUUAUAACAGACCCAUCGCACCAAAGCCAAACACUGAAGAGGCAAAUAAGUCCAACAUCAUACUAAAACAUCAGCCUGGCCUCAGGGCUCAGUAUCACUUGGAAGAGGCUAUUCCCACAGCCAUAAACUUGUCUACCAAGGGUCCAGACACCGUUAUGGACCUUUCCCCCACUCUUUCUCGUGACACAGUCCAGCAAUCAUACGAGAUGGCCAUGUCAUCACAACCUUCACCGCUGUCCCAACAAAAUUUAUCAACAGUUAUAGCGCCUCUACAGCCUCAGAAGACAUCAUUGUUAAUCGCUCAGCGCCCAAUGUAUUCACACCAUCCCUCAACAAUGGAGCAGACAGAACCAGUAGACUUUAGUCCCAAAACGGAAUUGCCCAGUAAAGUGUUCCCACCACAUGUUCCCUUUUCUCAAGCAGCUGGAAGACCCUCGCCCCAAUCCUUGUCCACUGCCAAUACUUCCAGUCACAUUACUCAUCAUUCUGCCUUUUCACUCCCCACCUGCUCUACUUCCGACUACAGUGAGCAGAAAAUCCGCUCGUCUGCUGUACAAGGCUGUGGGGGGCAUACUGUGAAGACUACUAGAGGAGAAGAACUCAGUGCCAUCUUAACUCCUCAAUCGUCUAUGGUAUCAUGUUCUGUUAGGAAUUCUGGAGGUCACUUACCACCUUUGCAGCCACCAGGUAUACCAAUUCUUCGCCCUCGCUCGCCAUAUGGAACUGGACACUCAUCAAGCACACAACCAGCUGGCCCGUCGUCUCCAAGGACACCGCUCUGGACAAACCUUGCUCAACCAUUUUCACACCGCCAAGAAGCUUCUAUUACUUCAAGUCCGGGCUCUCCUAGCGUAGAUUUACCAUCUCAUUCACUCUCUACUCCUCCCAUCAACAAAGAAGAGGGUUCACAAGCAGACAGAUAUUCAUCAUCCAUUGGAAUUGGAACAUUUUCUUCCCAAUCCCUCCCUACUUCUCCCAACUCCUCACAGCAGCCUCAAAGAUCUCCAAGUUAUAUCAGCAACAAUACGUUUAGUUCAGAGUUUCCUAUGUCCCUGACCAGACAUGCUGAACAUGGAUGUGACAUAGACAGCAACUUACCACCCCUUAAGAUGAUGAAGACGUCUUUAAAAGGUCGAGAAAACAAAGAAUUCGUACAGAAUCAAACUUCUGUGUCUGGAAGUUAUGUUACUCAUAGAAGUUCUUACCUCGUUAGUCUGGCUGGCUGUCCCCAUGCCGACCGUGUGCAGCUUCAACAACGGGAAGUCAAAUGCCCUACUCCCGGAUGUGACGGAUCAGGUCAUCUGACAGGAAACUAUUCCUCGCACCGCAGCUUGUCCGGGUGUCCGCGUGCUAAUAAACCCAAAAAUGUUUUAAGACUACGAGAAGAUAAAAAUGAUUCCGAACCUCUUCGUUGUCCAAUACCAGGUUGCGAUGGUGGUGGUCAUGUGACUGGAAAGUUUCAAUCACAUCGCAGUGCAUCCGGGUGUCCUUUGGUUAACAAGAAUAGACUUCACCGGCAGGAGGCGCUUUCUAUUGAUGGCAAGGUUAUAAAAACAGAGGGAUCGGGAUGUCCUACUCCGGGAUGUGAUGGAAGUGGACACGCCAACGGAAGUUUCUUAUCACACCGUAGUAUUUCCGGAUGUCCUAAAGUUUCUCCAGUGAUGAUUAAACCCAAGUUGUCUGCCGAUGAUAUGCUCUCAUUAGCGGUUAAAAGUCAUCCAAAAAACAAGAACAAUUCAAAUAUCCUGACCUUGGAGGAAGAAAUUCUAGGCAUGCAAGGAUACAACACUAAAGUUGAGUCGGAAAUGAUAAAACUUAGAACAGACAUAAGCCUGAUGGAAGAACAGAUCCGAGCUACAGAACAA